AUGCUGCUUUGGAUUCUGUUGCUGGAGACGUCUCUUUGUUUUGCCGCUGGAAACGUUACAGGGGACGUUUGCAAAGAGAAGAUCUGCUCCUGCAAUGAGAUAGAAGGGGACCUACACGUAGACUGUGAAAAAAAGGGCUUCACAAGUCUGCAGCGUUUCACCGCCCCGACUUCCCAGUUUUACCAUCUAUUUCUGCAUGGCAAUUCCCUCACUCGACUUUUCCCUAAUGAGUUCGCUAACUUUUAUAAUGCAGUUAGUUUGCACAUGGAAAACAAUGGCUUGCAUGAAAUCGUUCCUGGGGCUUUUCUGGGACUGCAGCUGGUGAAAAGGCUGCACAUCAACAACAACAAGAUCAAGUCUUUUCGAAAGCAGACUUUUCUGGGGCUGGACGAUCUGGAAUACCUCCAGGCUGAUUUUAAUUUAUUACGGGAUAUAGACCCGGGGGCCUUCCAGGACUUGAACAAGCUGGAGGUACUCAUUUUAAAUGACAAUCUCAUCAGCACCCUACCUGCCAACGUGUUCCAGUAUGUGCCCAUCACCCACCUGGACCUCCGGGGAAACAGGCUGAAAACACUGCCCUACGAAGAGGUCUUGGAGCAAAUCCCUGGCAUUGCUGAGAUCCUGCUAGAGGAUAACCCAUGGGACUGCACCUGUGAUCUGCUCUCCCUGAAAGAAUGGCUGGAAAACAUUCCCAAAAAUGCCCUGAUCGGCCGAGUGGUCUGUGAAGCCCCCACCAGACUGCAGGGCAAAGACCUCAAUGAAACCACUGAACAGGACUUGUGUCCUUUGAAACACAGAGUGGAUUCUAGUCUCCCGGCUCCCCCUGCCCAAGAAGAGACCUUUCCCCCUGGCCCCCUGCCAACUCCCUUCAAGACAAAUGGGCAAGAAGAUCAUGCUACCCCAGGGUCGGCUCCAAAUGGAGGUACAAAGAUCCCAGGCAACUGGCAGAUCAAAAUCAGACCCACGGCAGCGAUAGGGACCGGCAGCGCCAGAAACAAACCCCCAGCCAACGGCUUGCCCUGCCCUGGGGGCUGCAGCUGCGACCACAUCCCAGGGUCGGGUUUAAAGAUGAACUGCAACAACCGGAACGUGAGCAGCUUGGCUGAUUUGAAGCCCAAGCUCUCCAACGUGCAGGAGCUCUUCCUGCGAGAUAACAAGAUCCACAGCAUCCGAAAAUCGCACUUUGUGGAUUACAAGAACCUCAUUCUGUUGGAUCUGGGCAACAACAACAUCGCCACCGUAGAGAACAACACUUUUAAGAACCUUUUAGACCUCAGGUGGCUGUAUAUGGACAGCAACUACCUGGACACGCUGUCCCGGGAGAAAUUCGCUGGGCUGCAAAACCUCGAGUACCUGAAUGUGGAGUACAACGCGAUCCAGCUCAUCCUUCCAGGCACCUUCAACGCCAUGCCCAAACUAAGGAUUCUCAUUCUCAACAACAACUUGCUGAGGUCCCUACCCGUGGACGUGUUUGCUGGGGUCUCGUUAUCUAAACUCAGCCUGCACAACAAUUACUUCAUGUACCUUCCAGUGGCUGGGGUGCUGGACCAGUUAACCUCUAUCAUCCAGAUAGACCUGCACGGAAACCCCUGGGAGUGCUCCUGUACCAUUGUGCCUUUCAAGCAAUGGGCAGAACGCCUGGGUUCCGAAGUGCUGAUGAGCGACCUCAAGUGUGAGACGCCGGUGAACUUCUUUAGGAAGGAUUUCAUGCUCCUCUCCAAUGACGAGAUCUGCCCCCAGCUGUACGCGAGAAUCUCGCCCACGUUAACUUCGCACAGUAAAAACAGCACUGGGUUGGCGGAGACCGGGACGCACUCCAACUCCUACUUAGACACCAGCAGGGUGUCCAUCUCCGUGUUGGUCCCAGGACUGCUGCUGGUGUUUGUCACCUCCGCCUUCACUGUGGUGGGCAUGCUCGUGUUUAUCCUGAGGAAUCGAAAGCGGUCCAAGAGAAGGGACGCCAACUCCUCGGCGUCCGAGAUUAAUUCCCUACAGACAGUCUGUGACUCUUCCUACUGGCACAAUGGGCCUUACAACGCAGAUGGGGCCCACAGAGUGUACGACUGUGGCUCCCACUCGCUCUCAGACUAA